AUGGAUGAUGAUAUAUGUUUAAACUUUGAUCUUUUGAGGGUUUAUUUACCUGAUAAUUUGGAAGAAAAACCGUCAGGCUUUUUUAAUGAUUUUGGUAGUGUCAAUAAUUACUGCCCUAAUAGUUACUGCAAUACCGAUCUCGAUAAGAUUACGGCUGGAUUCUUAUUGUUAUUUGAAAAAAAUUGUUCUAAAUUCAAAAAUACAAAUUCUGAUGAAAAUAAUACUAAUGCAAUUUUUCUAUAUAUUAUUUCAUGGUUAAGUUACAAAUUAAAUCAAAUCACAGGCCAUAGUUUCACUAAAGUAAGCGAUUUUUAUACUGAAUAUGUAAAUAAUCAAACUUAUACUAAUCUUAUACUAAAUGCUAAUAAAUGUACAAAUAUUAAGGAUAUAAUAAAUAAAAAAAGUGAUUUGUUGAAUAUUAAUAUUCAAGAGAUGGCUAAAUUUUAUGAACCAUUCAAAUUAUUAUGUAGUAUGUAUGAUAAUGCUACAAGGAAUAUAUAUGACAACACACUAUCAGAUAAUGCUAUUCAUUUUUUGAAUAAAUAUACAGAUCUCAACGAUUAUUAUAAUAUUGAAGAUACCAUACAUAGUAAAAUAUUGUAUGCUUUAUUAACUGAUUAUAAUAAAUUAAAAACUAAAUGUGCUAACAGGACUACUAAUCCUAUACAAUUACCAAGUCUUCCAACAGGAAGAGCAACAAAAUCAUUUUUACGAAAUUCAUCUAUGCAAAUUUCAGUAAUUCCAAUGACAUUUAUUUUUUUUGGAUUAAUCAUCUAUUUAGGAAUUGUAUAUAAGCGUUCAUCAUUUGACUUUAGGAAAAUGAUUCAAAAACUCAAUUUAAGAAUCAAAAAAAUAAAGAGGAAAAUAAGUCAUUAA